AUGAGCGGGGAAGGGCAGGCGCCCGGCAAGACUGGCUGGCGCGGACCCUUUAAGGAAGCCGGGGGCGUGGCCCGGGGCGGGGCUUCAGGGGCGGGGCCCGGGCGGGGCCUUCGCGAAGCUGCCGGAAGGUGCGGCCCCAGAGCGCCCGCGAGCGGCGCGGUGAGACAUGGCCUCGGGCAGGUGGGAGGCGGCGGUGGGCUGGGGCGGCCUCUGGGAAGGGCAGGCAGCCUUGGCCAGGCCCCUCACCGCCGCCCCCACAGCCAGAUGAGAAGUACGACGUGGGAGACAGGGAGCACUUGGAUACCCUCGGAGACCCAGUGGAGCCCGACGAUGGAGAAGGCGGGGGCUGUGGUGCACCUCAAGCAGAGGAACCAGGAGUACGGGAGGAGCAUGAAGGUGGACGAGGAGCAUGACCACUGAAGCACAGCGCCACAGGGAGGGGUUUAGGCCUCCGGAUGACUGCGGGCAGCCCUGGAUGAUAUCCAGCCUCCCACAAGAAGCUGGUGGAGCAGAGCGUUCCCUGACUCCUCCAAGCAAAGGAGACUCCCUUUCGCGGUCUGCUAAGUAACGGGUGCCUUCCCAGACACUGGCGUUAUCGCUUGACCAAGGAGCCCUCAAGCGGCCCUCAUGCGGCGUGACAGAAGGCUCACCUCUUGUCUUCUUCGUCACUUCUCACAAUGUCCCUUCAGCACCUGACCCUACACCCACCCGUUAUUCCUAGGUUAUAUUAGUAAUGCAACAAGGAGUAAUAUUAAAAGCUAAUGAUUAAUAAUGUUUAUAAUAAUGAUUGAUAAUUGCCCGUGAUCAUCUCUGUAUCUAAUUUGUAUCAUGACUAUUCUUACUCUAUUUUCUUUAUUAUACUGAAACAGUUUGUGCCUUCA